ACGUCCGACCCCGAAGAACGCCGUUGCCAUUGGUCAACGCAGAUCUCUCGUUCUUGCAUGCUGCGACCCCUUCCUCCUGCAAAGGACGAGCGCGCCAAAAUCCUCGUGAGCGAAUCAGUUGUACACCGGCCGGCUAGCAGUGACUACGUAUUUUGCGCAGAGAUUAUAACAAGAGCAGUGUGCGUUCCGGUUUUAAUUUUAAAUUCGUUUUUGUUCGUGUGCAUUCAUUUUUGAAAUACCAAGUCGUAUUUUAUUUUAAUUACAACAGACUUUUAUCGUAAAUCGAUUUUAUUGUAAUACACGUGUGCUGUGGUUAAUGUUAAAUAGUGAUGUGUUGAUCGUUCGUGGCUCGUGUUUAAUAGACGAUGUCCGCCACACCGGCCGCAGGCGGUGGUGGCGGUACACAACAAUCCGCAACAACGCACCAUCAUUGUUCGGAUUGUGGACUGAUGUUUGAUUCGGCCGCUUCGUUGCAAGUUCAUUUGCAUUAUCAUCACGAUCCGAUGAUGUCGCGCGCUUCGUGGGGUCCGCCGCCCUCGAAUUCCGGGUCUCCGACAGAUCCGGAUAAUAAUAAUCACGCGCCUAAAAAAGUUUCGAAUGUGAUAGCCGCGGCAGACUCUAGUGAUAAUCAAAUGGUGAACGUGAAACAAGAACCGGGAUUAGUACCCAAAAUUGAACCUCAACAACAGCCGCAACAAAAUUCUCAGCAACAGCAACAACAACAUCAACAACAACACGUGGUUACGUCAUAUCAUACGCCUUACGAUAUGCCACCGCAUCAACAAUAUUCUCCAAACUACGGGUACGAUGUGUAUUACGGUUUAGAAAAUCCUUAUAUGAACCAAGAUUUCAUGGGCAAACAUAGUGCGCAACAAAUGCAUCAGCAGCAGCAACAGGUUUCGUCGCGCUAUCAACCGUAUCAGCAUAGUCCGCGAGUGAGCUCAUCUAGUCCUUCCGGCUCUGCGCCCGGUGGCGUUUGCAUACCGUCGCCUUCCCCAGUGCAAUGUGAUAAAUGCGGUAUGGUGUGCGAUACCGCCGCUCAACUGCAAGAGCACGCACUCUCGCAUUCGGAUUCGUUUCAAUAUCCGCCAAUGCCGAAUACCAAUACGACAUCAACCAAAGACAGUUCGAGUGAAAUUUUAGAUCUGGAUUCACACAAAGUUGUAUACCCAGCUGUUUUACCAUCACUACAAGGACUGCAAGGUAUGCAACCACAUUGGCAAGAUGCGCAACCGCCGCAGUCACAUCAGUUAUAUCACCAGGCUGCAUUUCCACCGCAAUCCGCUUCACAAGAUAUUAAAUUAUUUCGAACACCAUCCGAACAUGCUAUGCAGCCGGGUAUGCAACAGGCGUCUCAUCCACCACAUAUGGUAAGCCCGCCGGAUUUUCCUACAACAACAACGCCACAGCAACAUGAUAACGGCGUCGGCGGUUUUCGACCGGCCGGUACCGUACCACAAAUUACAAGUUCUCAUCCCAUAGUUGCGCCUGGUGCUAAGGGACCUGGAUGGAAAAGUAAUGAGGCUCGUCGACCAAAAACAUAUAAUUGUACUGCGUGCAACAAGUGGUUUACAAGUUCAGGGCAUUUGAAACGUCAUUAUAAUACGACAUUGCACAAAAAUGCUGUUAAAAGCAGUGGCCAGCCGGAUCCCGCAAAUCUACCUAUCAGUGCUCAUCACCACCCGGGCCGUGAUCCUAAUCACCCAACACAUCACAAAGGUGGAUCAAGUCCGUCUAGAAGGUUACAAUCGCAACAACAGAGGAGUCCAGAACCUCAAGCUUUUCCACCACAAUCGCAGCAACCAUCAAAUCCAGGAAGUUACAUUCUACCUCAUUCGUACGGUUCUUUUACGUUCCCGGGAAUACCGCCGGAUACAGGACAGCCUCCGCCAGGUGGUGACAUGCAUCACCAGCAGAUCGAGAACAAUACCACCUCAACAACAAAUCAUCUGUCUGGGAGUCCCCCAAACGGGCAAGCAGGUCCCUCCGUCCACAACCUCCUCCCACUUCCGAGGGGCCUGCAGAUUCACAACUCGUUAACAGUCAACACAACCAACAUAAUGGAGGAACAAUCAGUACGCCACAUGCCGCAGCAGCCGGGCCUGGUGCCACAGGAUCAGGACCUGCUCCUGGGCCAGUCAGCGCGCUCGCCCAUCUGGUACCGCCAACCGCGCCGAUCCCCACACACCAUUACGCCGGAUAUUACGGACAUGGCGGAGGACCUGGAUCAGCAAGUCACUUCCAAUCUGCAGUCGGCGGACCAGGGCCAAUCCACCACCAACACACCGCUAUUCCUGGUUAUCCCGCCAGGCAACCGCAUCACGAACUCUCACCAUAUUAUUGGUGAUACUAAUGGGUCUGUGGUGGCUUUGAGAGAUCCAGUUGCGGCUCCAACACCACUACAACAUCAAUACAACCAGCAUAUGGACUACGACUUUGUAGACCCUCUGCAGCAUCCGCCGUUUAGUCCAGCAAUACCGGAUCAGGAACCAUCGACGCCGUCGCCGCAACAGCUUGUUGUCACAUCUUCUGAACCUGAUAAGAAGCCCGUAAUACAUCGUUGCGAUGCCUGUGACAAGCAAUUCAACAAGGCUUGCUACCUGACUCAGCACAAUAAGAGUUUCCAUUGCGGGGACAAGCCGUUCAAAUGUAGCAGAUGCGGCAAAAGAUUCAAGAACGACGCUCUUCAUGAGGAGCAUAUUUGUAGAGCAGGGCUUAAAAGUCCGCAGGCUGAAGGUUUAUCACCAUUAUCUCUUAAAGAACACGCGCAUAGCUGGUCUUGGAUUUUGAUGAAAUUUGGCAUAAUGGUAGAUUUAAUGCCCAAUCUGGACGUGGUAAAAUAUUAG